GCAAAAGUCGAAGAGGAGGGCAUCGAGUCCAGUUCUGUCCUCUGAUUGCAAGCUCUGGACCUCUAGAAGACAGAGGAACCUGUAGGGUAUGUACCCUGGGGAACUUUAGUUUUCAAGCUCGAGUCUUAGGGAAAUUUCGUCCACAACUCGCACCUCAGGAGUGGAACUGCAAGUCCGAACCACAAAACGCUGUGAAGUCUGGACCUAUAGAAAACAAAGGAACCUGUAGGGUAUGUAUUCGAAGAAACCUUAACUUCUGAGCUCGGAUUGUCAGGAACCUUCGCCGACAACUGACACUUCAAACUGGGAGUGGAAACCAGAGUCGCAAGACAUUGAGUAGCGAGUGCUGUUCGGCUGAUCACCGACCAUAAGUCGGUGUCACUUGACUUCUCGUCAAAUAGAGGAGUCAUCGGACCCUGGGGUUCCCUUGCGAUCACCUCGGCUGCGACAAGAUGUUGAGUUGAAUUGACCACCCUACAAAUUGGGCUUCGAUUGCUGAGGGGGUCACUGAGAAAGAAGAACGGCCAUCUUCAAAAAGAAGGAAGGCAUGGUUGGACGAGACCCGUUUCUGUCCUCCUGGUUGCGAGCGCUCGCACUCCUCGGAGCCUCGCUGCUCUUUGCCGAGGCCGGAGGAGAGCAGCGGCGCUACUUCGAGCUCGUGCUGGAUCCGCAGGGGCGGUUCACGCUCUACUGGACGGUGGACUACGACGCCCAAGUGUUGACCGCCGAGCUCAAACUCAACCUGGCGCGCAACGACUGGUUUGCCCUGGGCUUUUCGGACCGGGGAGAGGUGGGCCAGGCGGACCUGUGCGUCCUCUGGGCAGACGUCAGGGAACAGCCGCAUCUCGACGACGCCUGGACCGACGACGCCGGCUACGUGACGGUGGACGAGCAGAACGACUGCGUGCUGGGCAGCCUCAAGCGACGAGGGUCCACGGUGCGGUUCCUGCUCACGCGCAGCUUCGACACCUGCGACUCGCACGACUACGUCAUCGAGGACGGCACAGUCCACGUGGUGUACGCCACGGGCACGGGCCCGCUGCGCAAGCUGGACGGCUUGCGGCUGACUCGUGCCGAGCACGGCUUCCAGAGGGCGCAGCUGCUGAAGAUCAUGAGGGAGCCACCUCCCUUUCCCCCGGACACCAAGUUCGUCAACUUCCUCAAUGAAAAGGUCCCGGUGCCCAGCGACGAAACGACCUACUGGUGCACGAUGCAUAAGCUGCCCUCAGACUUCCGCUACAAGAGGCACAUUGUUCGGUACGAGGCCAACGUCCAAAAGGGUAACGAAGCCCUAGUGCACCACAUGGAGCUGUUCCACUGCGAGGUGCCGCCGGACCAGGACCUGCCGGCCUGGAACGGACCCUGCCACAGUCCCGAAAAACCGGAGAUCCUCGAGAGGUGCAAGAGGGUCAUCGCGGCUUGGGCCAUGGGGGCUCCGCCUCUGGCGUACCCAGAAGAAGCCGGCCUGUCGGCGGGAGGCAGGGAUUACUCCCUUUUCGCCAUGCUGGAGGUGCACCUGAACAACCCGGCGCACCAGAGUGGCUUCGUGGAUAGCUCCGGCAUCACGCUGUACCACACGAGUGAGCUGAGACCCUACGACGUGGGCAUCCUCGAGAUCGGCCUCGAGUACACCGACAAGAUGGCCAUCCCUCCGCGCCAGCCGGCGUUCGACCUCACGGGCUACUGCAUCUCCGAAUGCACCAGAGUGGCACUGCCCGAGUCCGGCAUCACCCUGGUGGCAGCUCAGCUGCACACCCACUUGACCGGUCGACGCGUCUGGGUCAAGCACGUCCGCGGAGGCAGCGAACUCGGCGAAAUGGCGCGCGACGACCACUUCAGCACCCACUUCCAGGAGAUACGCCUCCUCAAGGACAGGCUACAGCUCAUGCCCGGUGACGCCUUGGUGAUAACGUGCCGCUACGACACCGCGGAUCGUGAAAACGUGACCCUGGGCGGCUUUGGGAUCAGGGAGGAGAUGUGCGUUUCCUACAUCCACUACUUCCCCAAGACGGACCUGGAGGUGUGCAAGAGCUCCAUCGACUCGCACUCCUUGGAAAGCUACUUCAAGUACAUGAACAAGUACGUGCGCAGCCUCUCUUCGCUAACGGCAUAG